AUGCUUUUCAAUUUCUUUCUUUUCUUUUGGAAGCAAAGACGCAAGAAGACAACAAAAUUUCUUCCAAACAAAACGGCGAUUUACAGCAAACCGAACAGCAAUCAGUACGUCGUUUUUAUUGCCUUUUUUAAAAAUAUUCUUUUUACACAUGACCUAUUAUCCCUCUCGUUCUUCCUCUCUUUAUCUAUCUAUCUAUCUAUCUAUCUAUCUAUCUAUCUAUCUAUCUAUCUAAGGCUGUUCAUUUCUAUCUAUCUAUCUAUCUAUCUAUCUAUACCACUCUGUUCAUACCUAUCUCUUUGUAUCUAUUUAAGUCUGUUGACUUCUCUUCCAUUGUCUGUUUGUCUCCUGUUCAUAUCUAUCUAUUUCAGUCUGUUCAUAUCUAUCUAUCUAUCUAUCUAUCUAUCUAUCUAUCUAUCUAUCUAUCUAUCUAUUUCAGUCUGUUCAUAUCUAUCUAUCUAUCUAUCUAUUUCUGUCUGUCUCUCUUUCUCAGCCUGUUCAUAUCUAUCUAUCUAUCUAUCUAUCUAUCUAUCUAUCUAUCUAUCUAUCUAUCUAUGUCUGUCUGUCUCUCUAUCUCAGUCUGUUCAUAUCUAUCUAUCUAUCUAUCUAUCUAUCUAUCUAUCUAUCUAUCUCUUUCUGUCUGAUUAUUAUCUAUCUAACGAUCGAUCUAUCGUUCUAUCUAUUUUAGACUAUUCACUAUCUAUCAGUCUGUUCAUUAUCUAUCUAUCUAUUAUAUCUAUCUAUCGAUCUAUCUCUUUUAGUCUGUACAUCUAUCUUUCUCAGUCUAUUCAUGUCUGUCUGCCUAUCUAUCUAUCUAUCUCUUUCUACUGUUCUCAUUAUCUAUCUAUCUAUCUAUCUAUCUAUCUAUCUAUCUAUCUAUCUAUCUAUCUAUUUCUUUCAGUCUGUUAA